UGUUUGUAUUAUGUUCAAAAAAUGCUACAUACAAAAAUAUAAAAAGUUAAUCAUAUAAAAUUUAUCACGUGUCAAUAACAAACAUUGAACGAAGAAAACUUCUAAGCUUAAGUUGAAUAGAUCGUAAUUCGAAAGAAAUAAUUCAUUUCUCUGUACUAACGUUUUCAGCUCCCUCUUGUGGAACUUUCGAUUGCUGAAUAUUCCUUAUCAAAUUUCUUUUAUUAUUUGAUAUCAAAUAUUAUAAAUUGUUAAGUAGUUGAAACAUCUGAGAAAAAUGCAUUUGUCUAACAAAGGAAUAAAAUUUUGCGAUGCAAAAGUUUAAUCUUGAGAUUCUAAAUUGAUGACGUUAUGGAGCUGAAAGUAUGGGUAGAAGGAAUACAACGUAUUGUAUGUGGUGUGACAGAAACCACUACAUGUCAGGAUGUAGUAUAUGCUCUUGCUCAUGCAACGGGCCAAACAGGUAGAUUUACUUUAAUAGAAAGGUGGAGAACUAACGAACGUCUUUUAGCUCCAUAUGAAAAUCCUUUAAAGAUUCUGAUGAAAUGGGGAGAAUAUUCUUCAGAAGUUCAGUUGAUAUUAAGACGUUCUACCCCAGAAAAUAAUAAGGCUUCUAGUUCAUUGGGAUCUCGUCUAAAUCAUGGUACAAGAUCAAAUGGUCUAAUGAGUUCAGAUCAUAUCACAAGUAAUAGUGGACAAGAUGACGCUAAGAAUACCCCAACUCCAAAUUCUGAAUUUGAUGAUUUACAAGGAUGUCUUGAUAGAAAUCGUGACAUCAGAAAAUCAUUAACAUUUGGAGGAUUACAUGGACAUGUUGUGGAAAAUAACACAGAAAUUCAAAUGGAAAAUGUUGCCAUAGUUCAACCUACAUUGCAUUUAAAAAAUAAGGAGUUGAAUAUAAGAAAAAAUAUACAAAAACCAGCUCAGUCUCCUACCCGUGCUAGUAGCAGCGAAAGUAACACACAUUUAUCACAAAAGAAAGUGCGUGAAGUUCCCCCAUAUAGGGAUCCUCCAGGUCCAGCUUCACCACCUUUAAGAACUUUACCCCCAUACAGAGAUCCUCCACCACCUAACUUAAAUAGUCCUGGAAGAUCACAGUUUCAAUCUAAUACAAAUAUUGGAAGUCCUCAUGUACAUAAAGAAGAUCAACCAUCUUCCAGUAGUUCUGUCAAACUAAAGAGAAAUCUUAUUCAGGACUUUCAAGAAACAAAAGGACAAACUCAAUCCAUAAACCAAUUAUCUGGUCAAGCUCAGAAUAUGGUUACAGUUGCUUACACUCAACGCUAUGUUGAACUUAUUAGACUAGUCAAUAAGCAACGUGAUACUAUUAAUGCACAGCAAGCAGAUCUUACUAAAUUUGAUGCUGAAAUAUUGUAUUGGGAAACUAAAAAUAGAGAACAAAUGCAUCAGAUGGAUUUUAUUUCUCAGGAAGUAAAUCGUAUGGAAGCUACUGGACGUCUUAUCGAAGAACAAUUAAAAGAACUGGCGCAUGUUGAAGAAGAAAGUGAAAUAGUUAGACAGCAAGAAAAAACAUUAAAAUCAGAAAUUACUUUAUUGAGAUCAAAACUUGCAAAUUGUGAAACAGAAUUACUUCAGUGUAAAAAUAAAAUCAGAUUAGUUAUGGAAGAACUUGCGAUAGAACAACAUAAUAUAAGUCGUGAAACAGACGAAAGACAAAUAAUGGAACGUAAAAUUAUUACCGAAGUUGAACAUCUUCAAAAUGAAGUAGAACAAGCUAAACGUUCUGCUGAAUUAGCUUCCCAGUGUGCGGAAACAUUAAAACUGGAAGUAGUAAGUUUAGAGUCAGCAAUUGUUGAAAAAAAAUUACAAGUAGAACGAUUAGUAACAGAUAUGAAAGAAGCUAAUUUACAAAGUCUUGCUGUUGCUUGUCAAGAUGACCAAGUCAAAUCAUUAUUUGAAGUAUUGAAAAUAAUAACACUUCUCAAACAAAUAUGAGUCUCUGGGUGGAUAAAUAUCGUCCAACAUCACUUGGAAAAUUAGAUUAUCAUAAAGAACAAGCGGAAUAUUUGAAAAACAUGAUACAAAAAGGAGAUUUUCCACAUUUAUUAGUUUAUGGACCAUCAGGAGCAGGAAAAAAAACUCGUAUUAUGUGUAUCAUAAGAGAAUUAUAUGGGUGUGGAACACCUUCCAAGAAGAAACUAGAGAUAACAACAAUAAGUAGCAAUUAUCAUAUUGAAGUAAAUCCAAGUGAUGUUGGUAUACACGAUAGGGUAGUAGUAAUGGACUUGGUAAAAACAACAGCUCAAACUCAUCAAAUAGAUCCAAGUGGGCAAAAAGAGUUUAAAGUGGUAUUAUUAACUAAUGUGGAUCAGCUUACAAAAGAUGCACAACAUGCUCUUCGAAGAACAAUGGAGAAAUAUGUUGCUACAUGUAGAUUAAUACUUUGCGCAAAUUCAACAUCACGUGUUUUGCCAGCCAUUAGAUCAAGAUGCUUAGGAAUUAGAGUUCCAGCACCAUCAAUAUCGGAUAUAAAGAAUAUUUUGCAUUUAAUUUGUAAACGUGAAGGUUUAAUUUUGCCUGAUGAACUAGCCAAAAAAUUGGCUGAGACUAGUGGUAGAAAUCUCAGACGAGCAAUAUUAAUGCUCGAAGCUUGUAAAGUUGAACAAUAUCCAUUUACUGCAGAUCAAAAUAUUACGGAACCAGACUGGCAAGUAUAUAUUCGUAAUACAGCAAGUAUGAUGGUCAGCGAACAAAGUCCAAAAAAGCUUCUUGCAAUAAGAAGCAGACUCUAUGAAUUAUUGACGCACGCGAUACCAUGUGAUUUAAUAUUUAAAGGUCUCUUACAAGAAUGUAUAAAAAAUUGCGAUCUUCAAUUAAAAAUUGAGAUUGCGACAGUUGCAGCAGAAUAUGAACAUAGAAUGCACAAAGGAUCAAAACCAAUUUUCCACUUAGAAGCGUUUGUUGCACGGUUUAUGGCAAUUUACAAAAAAUUUAUUGAUUCAUCUCUUGAAGGUUUUGUGUGACAUAUUCACAUAUUUGCUUAUAUUAAAAUAUAAUUAUUCAAAUUUUUAAAUAAAUUCAUACAUUUGUAAAUUGUGUUUUAUAUUUACUAUUUUACUAAAUUAAAUACUAAUAGCGACUAGUUUUGACUUUUUUUUUAUAAAUUUAAUACAGUUUCCAAAAUACAAGAUAGAACACAUUGAUCUAAUAGUACAAUUAAUUUUCAAUAUAAAUUAUAUCGUUCUAAGAUAAUACAAUUAUCUAAAUUUAUAUUGCAGCAAGAGCAAGAGCGGAAAUUCCUGAUAAUGCCGUUACUGCAUAA